CGAUAACGAUCUUGAUGACAAUAUCGGCGUUAAUCAGGUCAAGAACGAUGAUUAUUAUGAAGAUGUUAUUCCAUCUUCAUCAGGACAUAAUCGUAUUGAUAAGAAAAAGGAAUUUGAAUCUGAUUAUAGAGAACAAAAGGAUGAAUUUACUCGUCGUCUAAAUUAUCAAGAUAGUGAUGAUGAUUCAGCAAAUGAAGAGAUCAAGAUGCCAAUUUCAAAAUCUCGCUAUGUUGUGAAAAAUAGAAAGAAAUUUGAAAUAUCAGAUAAUGACAAUGGCAAUGACGAUAACGAUCUUGAUGACAAUAUCGGCGAUAAUCAGGUCAAGAACAAUGAUUAUUAUGAAGAUGACAUUCCAUCUUCACCAGGACACAAUCGUAUUGAUAAAAAAAAGGAAUUUGAAUCUUAUUAUAGAGAACAAAAGGAUGAAUUUACUCGCCGUCAAAAAAAUCAAGACGGUAGUGAUGAUUCAACAGAUGAAAAGAUUAAGAAGCAAAUUUCAAAAUCUCGUUACGCUGUGGGAAACCGAAAGAUAUCAGAUGAUGAAAAUGAAAACACUAAUAAUGAUAAAGAGCCUGAGUUUUAUGGAGAACAAAUGGACGAAACUACUCGAUAUCCAAAGCAUAAAAUUGGCCAACAUCUAUCUAUGCAUGACGGUAAUCAAAAGAAAUUAGACAAUACAAGUUACUCCUCUCAAGACGAAAAUGAUAAUUAUGAAGAACAAAUAGAUGAAACUACUCGAUAUCCAAAAAAUAAAAACAAUCAAAGUCUAUCUAUACAUGGCGGUAACCAAAAGAAAUUAGUUAACACGAGUGACUCCUCCCAGGACGAGAAUGAUGAUUAUGAAGAACAAAUAGAUGAAAUUAAUAGUUAUCCAUAUAAUAAAAAUGGCCAAAAUCUAUCUACGCAUGAUAGUAACCGAAAGAAAUUAGAUAACACGAGCGAUUCCUCACAGGAUGAGAAUGAUGAUUAUGAAGAACAAAUGGAUGAAACUGUUGAAUAUCCAAAUAAUAAAAAUAGUCAAAAUUUGCCUAUACACGGAGGUAACC